AUUGUCGCCCAGCCUGUUUGCGUCGACGGUUUGCGCUCAGCUCUCCUCCAGUCUGCAUCCUUCCGACAGAGCGGAGGCUGGCGCCGCGCAGCAACAGCAACAGCAUCAGCAUCAGCAGAGCAACGAGCCCCUCUUGUGCUUCAUCAGCUGACGCGCGUCUUUCUGUGGGAAAAACAUCUGCUUCAAACAUUCUGGGAAUAUUGCUGUGUCCAGCACGAUGGGGCCAUUUCAAGAAUACGAGGAAAAGAAAUCACCUGAGAAAGGAAGCCCGCGCAGUCGCAUCCCGCGCUUAGUCCUCCAUCCUCUCCGACCAAAGGACAAGGGAUCUCCUCUGUCUGAUUCCCUAUUAUCCGAGGAGGAGGGGAAGGACUGCGACUUCAGUUCUGAGCACUCCAAGAGGACCAUCAGCACCAACAGCUUUUGCUCUGAUGACACCGGCUGCGCCACUAGUCAGUCUGUGUCCCCCUCCAAAACCCCGUCAGGCUCAGAGCAGAGUGCCCACGGGUCGCCCACACUGCCAGAGCGCCAUACCAAAGUGAAGAGGGUGAGGGUGAUGACGGAGAGCGGCGGCGAGGCCCGCAGCGCGCCGAGGCACAAGAGGGAGCUGAGGUCGGCCCUGAGAACCCGAGGCAGCGAAGCAGAUUUCAGUUCCUCCAGUAGCACUGGCAGCCUGAAGACCAAGGAAAGCCUCACGUCGGGUUCGGUUGGGAAGAAAGUUUCUUCACGCUGUCGCAGCUCUCACAUCAGAACGAUCCCAGUAUUCAAACCAGCCGGGGCCCCAUCUGUGAAGCAUGAUUCAGAGCUUUACGCUCCCUACAGGACUCCUCCCAGAGCUGCCUCUUCAACUCUCAGCAGCAGCUGUAACUCCAGUCCCACUUCAAGAAGAGUGACCUUGGGCCACUACCGCUCCUGUGGAGACAACCAUGGCAUCAGGCCCCCGAACCCUGAGCAGUACCUAACCCCACUCCAGCAGAAGGAAGUGGCCAUCAGACACCUGAAGACUAAGCUGAUGGAGUCGGAGAACAAAGUCCAUGACAGAGAGAACGAGAUUGAAGAGCUCAAGGCCCAGCUUUGCAGAAUGAGGGAAGACUGGAUUGAAGAGGAAUGCCACCGAGUGGAGGCUCAGCUGUCCCUCAAAGAAGCCCGCAAAGAGAUCCGGCAGCUGCGUCAGGUGGUGGAAACUAUGAAGAACAGCCUCAUGGAGAAGGAUAAAGGAAUACAGAAGUAUUUCAUUGACAUCAACAUCCAAAACAGGAAACUGGAGUCCCUGCUGCACAGCAUGGAGCUUGCUCAGAGUGGUUCCUCCCUCCAAGAUGAAGGUGGCUUGGACUUUAUGUACGACAGUCCUGAAGGCGGCGAUAAGAAGCUGUUGGGGGAGGAAGAGAGAGGGAAUGCGGGAGCUGAGGCAAUGGCAGACAGUGGGCUGCUGGUGAAUGAUGAGAUGGCUAACAGAGAGGACAUUUUUGAGCAGAUCUUCAUGUCCACUGCUGUGGAUUUCAGCCAGGAUUCCAGUUGCAGGCCGGGGCCCCCAGUAGAGUCUGGCUCUGUGAAGCCAGCUCUGUCAGAAGACGGACAUUUGGUGGAUGCAUCUGCUCCACCCCCAGCAUCUCCGCCAGAUUUACUUUCAUCCCCAGUAACGUGCGCUUCAAGCAAACCUUGCCACCAGAACACAGACAAAGAGAUUCAGACCGACCUUCAGCCCAUAUCCCCAGACCUGCAUGCUCUGCUGCUUCAGCUACUCAAGUUCCACGGGGCAUCACAUGGGGGUGCGGGUCUCACAGCUCCCAGCAGUCUCCUGGAUUUCCCAGUCCUGCCCACAUCUACAUCCACUGUCUAUCAGCCUGACUCAGAACGCUUCUACCCCAGCAUGCCUGUCGGUGCUCCAGACACGUCCACCGAUGCUGUUUGUUCAGACGCUACAAAGAGCAGCGGGUUCAUGGAGGAACUGGACUUUGGUGUCUGUGAAGAGAGAAAAUUUGAGUCUACAAGGCGAGAGCUGGUGGACAAGCGUUACUGGAGCAAGAGCUUUCUGGUUGAUCUGGUGGCAGUGGCAGCCCCGGUGUUGCCCACCGUGGCCUGGCUGUACUCGCGGCACGGUGUCGACGGAAGCCCGCCAGUCUACAACAUCGGGGCUCUGAUAAGGGGCUGCUGCAUCAUGGGAUUGCACUCACUACGUCACGUCGCUCGCAGGCCAAACGCAUAAUCGCUUCAAACUUGCAUGCUCACGCCUAGCUUGGAACUGAAAGCACUUUGCCAAGAGAAUUAUGGGAACUUUUCUUUUUUUUUUUUUUUUUUUUUUUUAGUCAACACUUGAGAUUAUUCCAGCUGUUUUUGUUUUCAAUAGUUUUUGCACUCUACAGUUACCAUGAAGGGAAGCUUAGUGGUGACCAAACAGUAUUUAUUAUUCUUUGUUUAUUUAUUUACAUUUAAUAAGCAGAUCAUCUGAGUAGAUGGUUAUGUUCUGUGAUUUCACGUUUUUUUGUUUUGUUUUUGUUUUAAUUUUAAGACCUUUAAGUAAUGAAAGACUGGAUGCUAAUUUGUUUGGAUUUUGAAAUGUUUUGUGUUGCUGUUCAUAAAGGAACCUUAAACCUUCAGCCAAAGCUUUAAUGUGAGUUCACAGUUUUGUGAAAUCCCCCUCACCCUCACUCGACCCUUUCCUUUGGAGUAGAGCUUUAGUCUGUACAGCUUGUGUAUCGUUCAUACAAAUGAGUUGAUGCUUUAAAGCAACCCAAGGCUUGUUCUGUGCCUGAGCAAUGUGCAAUAUUGUUGGUUUACAUCUACUGUCAUUGUAACUUUGUUAUUAAAGCAUGAUAAUUCUGGGCAA